AUGCCAAGAGUAUUAGCAACGCAAUCUCAUGUUGUUCAUGGAUACGUUGGGAACAAGGCAGCUACUUUCCCAUUGCAAUGUCUAGGAUGGGAUGUUGAUUGUUGUAAUAGUGUUCAAUUUUCUAAUCAUACAGGCUAUGGAAUGGAUAAAGUUUUUGGUAGUGUUACAUCCGAAAAAGAAUUGAAUGAUAUAUUAAGUGGAUUGUUCAGUACCUUCCAAUAUGAUUAUGAUGCAUUUCUAUCAGGUUAUCUACCUAAUAAGGAGUCUGUAAGAUGUGUUGGAUUGAAUUAUAGAAACUUCAAAAAGUCAAACCCCGAUGCAAUUUGGUUGAUGGAUCCUGUUAUGGGCGAUGAAGGUCAGUUAUAUGUGGAUGAAGAUGUUAUCCCAGAGUAUAAGAGAAUAGCUUUAGAGUCUGAUGGAUUAGUUGAUAUCAUUACUCCCAAUCAAUUCGAAUUUGAAAUUCUGCAUGGUGAGAAAAUUAGCACUGUUGAAGAACUUAAAUCAGCAUUGACAAAGCUACAUCGUACUAUUCCCAUGGUAGUAUUGACAUCAUGUAUGCCAAAUCUAUUUAAUGAUUCAAACAACGUAUAUUGUGUGGCUUCAUUACGAGACCAUGAACCACUGGUAUUCCGAGUUCCAUUAAUUGAAUCCUACUUCACGGGUGUCGGUGACCUAUUCUCAGCAUUGCUUUUAGACAGGCUUUACAAGUUUAACGCCAGUUCUAAAUCAUCAAGUUCUGGAAAAAAUAUAUCUUCCUUCAAGACUCAGAUCAAUGAAGUAUUAAAUGUGGUACAUAAUGUACUAUUAUUAACCAAAAAGUAUGCACCAAAAGAUCUCAAAUCUGUUAUCGGUGUUGCAAGUAAAAUGAAAGAUAUGGAAUUACGAAUUAUAGAAUCAAGAGACUUUUAUUCAUUAUCAUUUGAUAAAGACCAACUUCAAAAUUCAAAGCAGGCUGACAUUGGAUUGUAUGAUUUCUUUUAUAAGAGUUUAUAG